AUGUAUUGUUAAAUCUGCUUCAUUGACAAACUGUUGAUUAGACCUGGAGAUUGUUCUCAUGAAUUUUGCAAGUAAACAUACUUAAAUCAAAAGAGAAUGCAUCAUCACGUAUUUAAAAGAAGCAAUUAACACUGGAAGUGUAUUUAAGAUAACUUGUCCUUCCUGCAGUAUGGAAUACAACGCCUUAAUAAUUAAGCAAUUUUGCGAAGACUUAUAUCCUAAAUAUUUAGAAUUAAAGCAAAAGGCUAUAAUUACUUGUUCUGUACUUGAAAUACUCAUUCCAUUAGGUAUGCAAAGAGAAUUUAAAAACUCAUAACUGCGGUUCAAAUGUUUGCAAAAAAUGUGGUGAAAUACACGAUGGAGAGUGUAGUUAAAGAUGCCCUAAUUGUUUGAUCCCCAUAGAAAAAAUUAGCGGAUGUAAUCAUAUGGUUUGUAAAUGUAAAUAUGAAUUUUGUUGGAUUUGCAAAGGGAAAUUUAAUAGAUAUCAUUAUCGAUUAUGGAACUUAUUUGGAUGUCCAAGUAAUAUAUGCAUUUAUUAAUUUAAGUUCCUGGUUCUAUGAUGAAGAAUGUUAAACCAUUGCGACAUCCAACUUUAUUGCGAUAUAUAAUGGUGUUACCUAAGAUCAUGGCAUUCAUUCUUAUAUUUUGUAUCUUACUCUUAAUAUAUCCUUUUUUUUGUUUUAUUUUGACAUUUAAAUACCAUUACCAAUAAUUUACAAUAAAUAAGUAAUCAAUUAAAUAUAUCCUAAUUAGAUAUAGACUAUUGUUGGUAUUCCUAUUUCCAUUGACUUACUUGAUGCAUUUUUUUUAUAAAGGAAUAUUUGCAGUGUAGAAAAAAUUACAUUCUCUUAGUUGA